AUGAGUGCUAUCCUUAAGUUUCUACGAGAUAAUGGCUCCCCUUUCAUGGCCCACGUCUAUCCACACUUCAGCUCCAAACACUCUGUAGGCUCAAUUUCUGCAGACUAUGCUUUGUUUAGAUCGACAAGUACUGUGGUGAGUCUGGUGAUUGAUGGCAGUCUCAUGUAUAAUAACUUGUUCGACGCUUUGGUCGACACUUUUAUAGCUGCUAUAGACAAGCUGGGACAUUCCAAUAUUCCAAUUGUAAUAACUGAAAGCGGGUGGCCUUCUGCAGGCAAUGCGGUGGCUACAGUGGACAAUGCCCGAACUUACAACAACAAUCUCAUCAAGCAUGUUUUGUCCAAUGCCGGAACACCAAAGAGACCUGGGACGACAAUUGAGACAUAUAUUUUUGCACUGUUCAAUGAGAAUCAGAAGGCUGGAGGUGAGGAGGAGCGCCAUUUUGGUCUGUUUGAAACCAAUAAAACUCCUGUCUACCCUGUGGUCUUCCAACCUGAAAGCUACAGGGGUUUGAACGUUGUAUUCAUUGCAGACAGUAUUCAUCGAAGGACCUCAAUUUCUCCCACAUGCAAAGUGCAGAUUCAUUUCAGGGAGCUUGGAGUGCAUGUACACAAGUAUCAUUUCAUUAGUUUCUUUUCGGGAAGCGACGGUGAUUUGAUGGCACUGGCACACCACAAAUUUAUGAUUAUUGUUCUAUCGCAGCUUCUUGCUAUUAUCGCUCUUGCCAUUGCUUUAAUUUUUUCAUUUCUACAGUGGCGGAGGCGUCGGCAAAGACGGGCACAAAGGUGCGCAGAGUCCUCGAAUGCAUUCGUCAGAGUGUUCAGUUACGAGGAGUUGAAGACCAUAACUGGGAAUUUCAGAAAUAAGCUGGGCAGCGGCGGAUUUGGUUCAGUGUUCAAAGGGAUUCUAACAGAUGGUACGCUUGUAGCCGUAAAGAAGCUGGAGGGUUCAAAGCAAUGUGAAAAGCAAUUUCGAGCGGAAAUCAAUUCUGUGGGAAUCAUAAAUCACAAGAAUUUAGUGAGGCUUAAAGGAUUUUGUGCACAAGGAUCACGAAGAUUACUGGUUUAUGAUUACAUGUCCAACGGCUCUCUAAAUUCUUUCUUUUUCACAAAGAAUUCAAAACGGCAAUCGAAGAUACUGGAUUGGAGAACCCGAUUUGAGAUCGCAUUGGGUACUGCAAAUGGAUUACUUUAUCUCCAUGAAGAAUGCAACGAUCGCAUCAUUCAUGGCGACAUAAACCCUGAAAACAUUCUGCUAGAUAAGGAUUUUAGUCCUAAGUUGGGGGACUUCGGCUUAGCAAAGCUUGUAGCUAGAGAUUUCAGCAAGGUACUAACGACUACCAGAGGAACGAGAGGAUACUUGGCUCCCGAAUGGGUCUCUGGCCUUCCCAUCACUCCCAAGGUUGAUGUCUACAGUUUUGGCAUGACUCUCUUGGAAAUCAUAUCAGGCCGAAGAAAUCUGGACCUAAAUGUGCAAGAAUCAAGUAGGUAUUACCUUCCAGCUUGGGCUAAAGAGCAAAUUUGUCAGAGAAACAUGAUAAAUAUUGUGGAUAAAAGAAUUGCAAGUGAUGCAGAUGUCGAAGAGGUGAGAAGAGCUGCUCUGGUAAGUUUGUUAUGCAUUCAAAAUGAUGAGAAUGUCAGGCCAAACAUGGCACAAGUGGUGCUGAUGCUUCAAGGUAGGAGAGAGGCUUACACCCCACAGAUCCCAACCGUGACGAACCAGCGAGUAAAAGACGGAGGGAGCACAGAUAGCGAUAGCGAUAGCGAUUGU